AUGGUCAAUCGCUCCCAAUCUAAAGCGAUUCGCCCCGAGCACGAGCAGGAGCCGAAUGAUGCUCCAGAGAUGAAAGACCCUGUUCAGCCCGGUUCCUCCGAUAUCGACGAAAGAAUGAGUACGCACUUCACCAAAGCCGUUCUAUGCUCUCUUCCUCAUCUUUUCAGACCUGCUAACAACACCCCCCCCCCCCCCCAGCCCGGGAUUAUAAGGAGGCCAUUGCUGAAACCAAUAUAA